GACACGAUUACCGCCACCGGUCGGUCGCGGCGGCCUCGUCGCCUCGCCUGUGCCUGCUGCGUUGCCUCGCCUCCGUUCUCCUUGCCUCGAUCCGCGCCGCUCGCCGCUACGCCAGUCAUGAGCAGCGCAGGGUGAGCGUGAGGUGCCGCUGCUAAGCUGCUGAGUGCCGCGCGUGGUUCAUGCAUCGGUCGCUGAAACUGGAAUCCGCCGUCCGCCUCGCGAUCUGAUUUGUCUCGAGCCGACACCGCGUUCCGUCUGUCGGCCCUUACGUAACGUCCGACCUACCUACUCGGGGUCACCGAGGUGCACUUGUCACUCUUUUGUCUUGGAUUGUCGCGAUGCCGAGUAUCACCUCAACUUGCUAGACUGUCAACGUGCCAGUACGACCUGAGUGAUGUUUCGAUGGAAGCUUUCAAUGGCAAACUUCAUCUUAAUACCGGCCCGGGUCGAACUAAUAUAAUCCUGCGGAAGAUCUCGUUCCGUACCUCAAUAUUCUUUGCCAUAAUCUAUCGUUAGACUUCCCAGCUAUUUCUUCCAAGUGCCAGUGUAUGAUGUCAGCCAGCUUCAAAAGUGCCAGUGCGUUAGUUUAGUGUAUCGCGAUGGAGGUGACACCGCAUCUGAAGAACGUGCUGAAGAACUAUCAGCACAGCGCGACCAAAAGUCUUCAAGGCCCUGGUGGGCUGUCUCUGAAGCAAGAAACCCCUUCGCCUUCUCCGGAGCCUCAAAAUGGUAAAGAGGACGAAGAGGAAUUUGUGGUCGCUCCGUUGCCAGCGGUACAACAAGUGCCCAUACUCACAGUGCCGGAUACCAGUUGUUCGGAAAGGACUGAGACGAUUUUGGAAGGAGAAUCAAUCUCCUGUUUUGUAGUGGGCGGUGAAAAGAGACUGUGUUUACCGCAGGUGCUCAACUCGGUGCUACGGGAGUUUUCGCUUUCGCAAAUCAAUCAGGAAUGUGACCAGUUGCAGAUCUACUGUUCCAGGUGCACUCCGGAACAGUUGAACGUACUGAAGGACCAAGGCAUCCUGCCAAGUAGCGCGCCAUCCUGCGGACUGAUAACGAAAACGGAUGCAGAAAGGUUGUGCAGUGCUCUGUUAUACGGCCAGCACAGGUUCGGACUGAGGCCGAGGAAAGACGCGCUCUCGAUUCCAGUCUAUCACGAAUGUUUUGGCAGGGCGCGUGGUGUGUGCUAUCCCGAACUCUACACGUCGCGAGGCGCACGCUGCAUCGAAUGCGGCGACUGUCGCGCCGCCUUUUCCCCGCAACAGUUCGUGCGACACGUACAUCGCCGCCCCGAAAAUCGCACCGUCCAUUGGGGUUUCGACAGCGCCAACUGGCGGCUGUACCUGAAAGCGCCGGGGGCGGAGUCACAGACCGGUGCAGCCACGCCUACUUCGGCCGAUGGCUCCGCCCCCAACGAGCUCGAAGUCGAGCAGGAGCGAUACAGGGCGGCGCUGGACGAGAUGCGUGACAGGUGCGAAGGCCGGCUGGCAUUCCCUAAGGAACGGAAGGGCAUCGUGGAAGCGGUCGUUGUCAAGGAAGAAGGCGCGCUUAAAAGGAAACAGGCGGUCGAGGCCACGCCCACUUCGGCCAAUGGCUCCGCCCUCAACGCGCUCGAUGCCGAGCAAGAGCGAUAUAGGGCGGCGCUGGACGAGAUGCAUGACAGUGAUCGCACCGUCUAUAAGGAUUUCGACAGCUCCAACUGGCGGCUGUAUCUGAAAGCGCCGGAGGCGGAGGCACAGGUCACGCCCACUUCGGCCGAUAACUCCGCCCACAAUCCGCUUGAUGCCGAGCAACAGCGAUAUAGGGCGGCGCUGGGCGAGAUGCGUGACAGAAGCAAGGAACGGCUGGUGUUCUCUAAGAAACAGUGGCAUUGUUGCUUCAUUCAUAAAAAAAGUGAAAACACUAAUUUGAUAGGGGAAUGA